UGCAUGCUCGCGCCGAUGAGCUGUCAAAAAGCGAAGUGUAAACUCACUGACGGCCGGAGUCGUGCAAAAAAAUAAACAAAAUGCAGAAAUUUGAGCGAUUAGAGAAAAUCGGAGAAGGAACAUAUGGCACAGUUUUCAAGGCUAAAAAUAAGGAAACCCAAGAAAUUGUGGCACUGAAGAGAGUGAGACUGGAUGAUGAUGAUGAGGGUGUGCCAAGUUCAGCCCUCCGAGAGAUUUGCCUCCUGAAAGAACUCAAGCACAGAAACAUUGUGCACUUGCAUGACGUCUUACAUUGCAAUCGGCGGCUCACAUUAGUUUUUGAGUGCUGUGACCAGGACCUCAAGAAGUACUUUGAUGCCUGCAAUGGAGAAAUUGACCCAGAUGUUGUCAAGUCUUUCAUGUUCCAGUUGUUGAGAGGUUUGGCAUUUUGUCACAGUCAGAACAUACUCCACAGGGAUCUCAAGCCGCAGAAUCUUCUCAUAAAUAAGAAUGGUGAAUUGAAACUGGCUGAUUUUGGUCUAGCGAGGGCGUUUGGCAUUCCAGUGAGGUGUUUCUCUGCAGAAGUCGUAACCUUGUGGUAUAGGCCCCCUGAUGUGCUGUUUGGUGCUCGGAUAUACACAACUUCUAUUGACAUGUGGUCAGCAGGGUGCAUAUUUGCUGAGAUGGCAAAUGCUGGCAGGCCACUCUUUCCAGGCAAUGAUGUGGAUGAUCAACUGAAGAGAAUCUUCAAACUCCUAGGGACACCUACAGAGGAAACAUGGCCUGGUAUCUCAAAGCUACCAGACUUCAAGGUAAAUGAGGCUGUUUUCAUGUGUGUGUCCUCACGCUUUCAUUCUCUGCCUGAGGCAAUGGCACUGACACCUUAUGGACCAAUUAUGGAGAUUGUUCACAUGACCCUUCCUUUUCCACCAACUUAUGUAAUACUAACUCCCUUGUGGCGUUUUUGCUGGGAUGUAGCCUCAAUCUUGCAAAAUCCUUCAAAUGCCUCCAUGUAACAAUGACAUUCAGCCUCAAUCCUGUAAAAUCCUCAGUUAUUUCUUGAAGUUGGUCUUUGGAGGGGUGACCACUGCCUCCAAUCCUGCAAAAUCCUCCAGCUAUCACUGUCAACAUGUCAAGGCAGAGCCGAGACAUCUUGGAGCAGUGCAGAGGGUUGCAAGUAUAACAAAGGCCUAAAUGUAUGCAUGGCUGGGCACAAACAACACAAGACCUUGACACAGUGCAUCCUCCGAAAUCAGCAACACACUUUUUCCAUGUACUCUCAAUCUGGAAAAAUCCUGUAUUUUUGCAAAGAGGAUUUUGGAGGAUUUUGGAAGGUUAGGGUUAAUAGUGUGAUUUUCUACUGUUACAGCCCUACCCUAUUUGCCAUGCCAGUACGCCCCUCUCCACAGUUGUUCCGGGUCUCUCAGCCAAAGGUCGUGACCUGUUGCAGCGGCUGUUGGUGUGUAACCCAUCACUUCGUUUGUCUGCCGAGGAGGGUCUUAUCCAUAGUUACUUUGCUGACCUCAAUCCUGCACUGAAGGCAAUGUAAACAAACAAUUGUAACAACAGUCACUUGUUUCAUUACAUGUAUAUAAUUAUGACUUCAAGCUUUGCAUGGUGGAUGUGAUAAAGUGGAAAGAUUGUGGGUAACACCAUGAGGAAAGUAAUCUCUUCUGGGAAGAACUGUGGUGUUGAGAAGAACUGGUUGGUUGAGGACGGACAGAACACACUGUCCGAAACGUCGAGUUCUACACUCAACCAACCGGUUCGUUUCAGAACCACACUUCUUCCAAGAAGAGAUUACUUUCCACAUGGUGUUACCCGCAACCUUUCUACUUUGUUUCAUUAUGAUGGCUUUGCAACUAUAUUUCCAUGAUUUCGUUUGUUUACAAGUACAGUGCAGCGUUCAAAUGUUAGAAACUUAAAACUAUUCUGUCACAUGGAUGUGAAAAUGAUACGUACCAUCGACCAUGCUUCCGAACUCUGUCAGUGUGAAAAUAAAUGCUCAGCAUCAGUUGCUGUUGACUUUUUACUGUUAGCUAGUUGGCCCGACAUUGGUAGUCUUGCCAUUAAAGUGUUUUACAUGUAUGUUGGCUCUCACAAUGUAGUCAAAUAGUGCCCUCUGUAGUUCAUGUGAAGAACCAAAAGAAUUCCUGACUUCCUUGGAAGAAUGAAACAAUGCUGUAGCAUAUACAUGUAUAAAGAUGCUUCACUCUAUGUGAUCUCAACUCAAAUUCUAUAAAGUUGAAGCUACAGUCCAUCAUUUGCAGCUAUCCAAAAGUAACUGACGUAAUUAUUGAAAAAAAAAAACUUGGUUGAAAGAUAGUAGGGGGACUAAACUCUCUGUGAAAUUAUUCUUUCUGACAAGCUGUUGUUUUGAAGAAAUCAACGAAAGAAGGCCUUUCCAGAGGUGCGUCUAAAGACGCACUGUUGGAAAUUUCUUUUAGUGGCACAUGCGCACGCGGUUGCUGUACUUUGUCAGAUUGGUGCGCAACAUCGUAUAGCUGCAAUCGGCUCAGUAAGAACGGUCUCAAAUGCUGAAUUCAGGCCCAAUUCAAAACAUGAUUCAGCAACUUUUGAUUUGAAAUUGAGAUCCUAGAAUGGUGUUUUUUUCUUGAAAUAUACAGCUGAACCUGAGCUGAAACUGCUCAGCACCCCUCUUUAGAUUUUGAGCUCGUUUGUUGCUUCAAACAAAAUGCACAAGUUACAAAUGAUGGACUGUACCUUUAAAACAAAUUAAUUACAAAUACACGUAGUGUGUAAAAACAGAAUUACAUACAUUGUUGACACGUCAUACAUGUUGAAAAAUGUUUGUACUUCAUGUAUUUUGUUGUAUUUUAAUGAAAGUGUUUUGUCCAGUAUUAUUUGUGUCAGUUCAGGAUUGCCACUAUGUUUAAAUUUUUCCCAUCUUAAAAAUAAGUGCAAUAUUUUAUGUUUUUAGACUAGGCAAAAGUGAAACUUGAUUGCACUGAACAUUUAGAAAUACUAGUACAGAGCAUAUAGUUGAUUAAGGAAUCAACAAGGGACGUUUUGAUAAAUUCUUAAGCCUUCAAGUAUGUUUCUAGACCAUUGACAACUGGCACUCGCGCGUUCACAUUAUGUACGCGUGCAUGCCCAUUAUCAAUGGUCUGGAAAUAAGCCACUAGAUCUACUUAGAAGCGUAGUUGGUUUUUUUGAAUGAGAAAUGUAUCGAACUGCAGAAUGGUGUACAACAAAUGUACAAAGACAUUGGCUGCACACUAUCUAUGGCUGUACAGUACCAAUGUUUAUUAAUGCUUUCAUUGGCCCAAUGUGUGUCCAUGUAUUAUGAAUCUUAACAGCGAAGAAAACAGGCCCUACAUAAUUAACCUGUUUGUUGAUAAAGUGUUGGGAUAAAAGGGAGGGGGGUAAAAUGGGGGAUGCAAAGAAAAAACUUGGGGAGGGGGCAGCAACCCUAUAGUGUCACCACUGGAAGCAGAACUUGCCAAAAGAAGUUAACGUCACUGUCUACUUGUACGGCCAUUUUGAUGAUGCACAUUAUAUGGUCACAGUUGUAACAGUUAAGCAUUAUGGGAUGUUUUAGCUGAGAUCUUAUUUACAUUGUAGAAUGUAGAACGUGUUUGUUAUUUUUUUUUUUUAAUGGGGAAAAAUAAGUACAUGUACAAUAAACUAUGUCACACCGAGCACUGAGAGUAAAAAGUC